AUGUAGUUGGGAGAUGUUGAAUAUCUCCUCUUAAUUACACCCAUACCUGUAAAUUCAUGCAUUCCCACCUUUUUAUACCCUCUCAUGCUCACUCAAUAAUUCCAUUCAUCUUCUUCCUCUUCACCACACCACAAUGGAUCUUUCUCCCUAUUACCAUCUAAUCUUUGCUACUCUCGCUAUCUUAUUUUCCGCCUUUAUCUUUUUCCUCACUCAUAACACUAAAUCCAAACGUGUAAAUCUACCACCCGGCCCGCCCGGCUGGCCGGUCGUUGGAAACUUAUUUCAAGUAGCCGGUUCCGGCAAACCAUUCUUCCAGUAUGUUCGAGAAUUGUUGCCGAAAUACGGCCCCAUUUUUACGCUUAAAAUGGGAUCCCGUACCAUGAUUAUUUUGUCCAAUGCGGACUUGGUUCAUGAGGCGUUGAUUGAAAAGGGUGCGGUUUUCGCCACCCGACCGUCCGAAAACCCGACCCGGACUAUUUUUAGUUGUGACAAGUUUACCGUCAAUGCCGCGAUGUACGGUCCGGUUUGGCGGUCGCUGAGGCGGAAUAUGGUGCAAAACGCGCUUAGUGCGGGUAAGUUGCGCACUUUUAGACAUGUUCGGGAUACGGCUAUGGAUAAGUUUGUUGAGCGGUUGAAGGCGGAGGCGGCAGCGAAUGAUGGCGUGGUUUGGGUGCUGAAAAACGCGAGGUUCGCGGUGUUUUGUAUCCUUUUAGCGAUGUGUUUUGGCGUCGAAAUGGAUGAGGAAACAAUUGAGAAGAUGGAUAAUAUGAUGAAGACGGUUUUGAUCACUUUGGAUCCGAGAAUAGACGAUUAUUUGCCGUUGUUGCGGCCGUUUUUCUCGAAGCAGCGGAAGAAGGCGUUGGAAGUGCGCGAACAGCAGAUCGCGACGUUGGUCCCGUUCAUCGAGCAGAGACGCGCAGCUGUGAAGAAUCCGGGAUCGGAUCCCACGGCCGCGGAGUUCUCGUAUCUUGACACAUUGUUUGAUUUAACGGUCGAGGGGCGGAAAUAUCCGCCCACGAAUCCGGAAAUCGUGACAUUGUGUUCGGAGUUUCUUAACGGCGGGACCGACACCACGGGUACCGCGAUCGAGUGGGCCAUUGCAAGGUUUAUCGAAAAUCCUAGUAUCCAAACAAAGCUUUACAACGAGAUCAGAGCCACUAUUGGGAACAAAAAAGUUGACGAGAAAGAUGUCGAAAACAUGCCGUACCUAAACGCUGUCGUAAAGGAGUUGUUGAGAAAACACCCCCCCACUUAUUUUUCCCUAACCCAUUCGGUUACCGAACCCGUAAAGUUAGGCGGGUUUGAUAUACCCACGGGUACUAAUGUGGAGUUUUUUCUACCCGCUAUCGCGGAGGACCCGAAACUAUGGACCAACCCGAAACUAUUCGACCCGGAUAGGUUCUUGACGGGUGGGGAGGAUGCGGAUAUAACCGGGGUGACCGGGAUUAAGAUGAUGCCGUUUGGGGCGGGUCGAAGGAUCUGCCCCGGGUUGGGCAUGGCCACGGUUCAUGUGAAUUUGAUGAUCGCGCGAAUGGUUCAAGAAUUCGAAUGGAGCUCGUACCCGAAAGACACCAAGGUGGAUUUUAGUGAGAAGUUGGAGUUCACUGUGGUUAUGAAGAACAGUCUUAGAGCUAUGAUUAAACCAAGAGUUUAAAUGUGAAACUAGAGUUAAGUAAUAAUCGAUAAAACUUGUGUUUGUAAUUUUGUUUCUGUUUUAUUGAAGGAUCCAAACCCGGGGGAAAGUCCAGGUAUGACGUAGGAAUGUUAGGUAUUUAUUUAUGUGUGAUAUGAUAUUUUGAUUAAUGUUUUUGCAACAUAGAAUUAUAUAAGUUUUUGGAUGUUAAAAGAAUAUUUCUGCUUGAAA